CUUCAGUAAACAAAGUCUCGCUGACAACAUGUCUGACGCAGCAGCUCCCGCACCAGCCAAAAAGGCUAGCAAGCCGAAGAAGCCAAGAGCACCGGCAGCUCACCCAAAGACCAUCGAUAUGAUCGUCGCGGCCAUUACCAACUUGAAAGAGCGUAAUGGAUCAUCUUUGCAGGCAAUCAAGAAAUACAUCGGUGCCAACUACAAAGUCGAUGUCGAAAAAAUCACCCCGUUUGUCCGUCGUUGUCUCAAGAGUGGUGUAACCAGCGGCAAAUUGGUACAGACCAAAGGCAAGGGUGCUUCUGGUAGCUUCAAGCUGAACCCCAAGACAAAGGCAGAGAAGAAACCAAAGAAGCCUAAGGCCAAGAAACCAAAGGCCAAGAAGCCUAAAGCAGCCAAGAAGGCAACCAAGAAACCAAAGGAAAAGAAGCCUAAAGCAAAGAAGCCAAAAGCAAAGAAACCAAAAGCCAAGGCUGAAAAGAAACCAAAAAAGACACCAACGAAGAAGCCAAAGGCAGCAAAGAAGGCUCCGGCCAAGAAGGUAAAGAAGUCACCAAAGAAGAAGGCCGCUUCAAAAAAGAAGUAAGCGACUGAAUGCAUA